UUAUCUUAUAUAUAUAAUAUGUAUAAAUCUAUACAGAGAAACAAAAUAUAAAAACUAAGAAUGGCUUCCAUAAUCAGAAAAACUAUCCUCUUCUCAAUUUUCCUGGUCAUUUUCCACCAACUCACCACCUCAUCAGCCCAAACGACAAUAAAAGCUGCGUAUUGGUUCCCUGAGAGCGAGUUCCCGGUGACCAGUAUAGACUCCUCACAAUUCACAGUACUUUUCUGUGCUUUCGCUCAACUCAACCCCCAAAACUACCAACUCUUCAUUCCAUCCCAAAAUGCCCAAAAGUUCUCAACUUUCACCUCCACAGUCCAACGCCGAAACCCCAACAUCAAAACCCUCCUCUCCAUCGGCGGCGGUGCUGCCGACAAAACCGUCUACGCUGCCAUGGCUUCCGACUGGAACCGCCGUCAAGCUUUCAUCAAAUCCUCCAUAAGCUUAGCCAGAUCCAACAACUUCCAUGGCCUCGACCUCGACUGGGAGUACCCUUCCACCACCGACCAGAUGACCCAAUUCGGCUACCUCGUCGACGAGUGGCGCUCCGCCGUCGCCGAAGAGGCACGUAACACCGGCCGAUCGCCGCUUCUUCUAGCAGCAGCGGUUUUCUACUCUUCCAGAUACGAAACCGGUGCCGAAUACGUCGUCCUCGCCUUGUCGAGAAGCUUGGAUUGGAUCAACGUUAUGAGUUACGACUUCUACGCGCCGGGUUGGUCGACCGUGACCGGACCUCCGGCAGCUCUGUACAAUCCGGGAAGGUCGGUCAGCGCCGAUUCCGGCAUCAAGGCUUGGAUUCAGGCAGGUUUCCCGGCUAACAAGAUAGUUCUGGGAGUACCAUUCUAUGGAUAUGGAUGGACUCUUUCGAACCCGAGUAACAAUGGGUACUUUGCUCCGACGACCGGAGCUGCUUUUCCGGACAACGGAGCAAAAACUUAUCAGCAGAUCAAGCAGUUCAUAGCUGAUAAUAGGGCGACGGCGGUGUUUGAUUCUCGAGUGGUAAACGAUUACUGUUACUCUGGUAGGACUUGGUUUGGGUUCGAUGAUAUUCAGAGUAUAAGAACUAAGGUUAAGUAUAUCAAAGACAACAGAUUACGUGGCUAUUUUGCAUGGCAUGUUGGUGGGGAUGACAAUAUGGCACUCUCUCGUACAGCGUCCCAAGCCUUGGAUCAACAGGGAGCAGUGAGGGCUAAUUAAUAAUGAAGCGGUGGAGCCAGAAAAUAAGGCUAAUAACAUAUCUAUCUAUAUAUAAUAAUGAAGUGGCGGCAUUGUGUGUGUGUGUGGAGCCAUGUAGAGAAAUUAAUCUCAUUAAACAAUGAAUAAAUUAAGUAUAUGAUGAAGUUGUGACCUUACUAUUAUUAUCAUUAUUAUUUUAAUACAUAAAGUAUAUCAAUAAAUUUUUUGUCCAGAA